AUGGCAAGCUAUUCAACUUCUAACUUCUACAACCUCUAGUCUAGAACAGACAUAACAGGUACAACACAACAAUGAGUUUCUCCCAGAUGCGAUGAACUUAGCCUUCCCCGGCAAACAUGGCAAGAUCUCCAGUGCCUGCACGGGAUGGCCCUUAUCCAGCCUUUACGCGCUCUGCCACGGCUCCUAUCGAGUUGUCGUCCCCUCGCUCGGCCCGCUCCCAUCUCGCGCCUGAAGAUGCCUUCACCUCCCAGUUGUCUCCGCGCCGUGAUCAUUCCGCCGCAGUACACGACUCGGCCACUGAACUGCGCCCGAGUGUCGCUAGAAACAAACUCGAUAGCCGGAGCCGGAGUCGCAGGAGGAGACGCAACUGGAAGAAACUGCUCUGGGUCAAGCAAUCAUAUCCGGAUAACUACACGGACCAGGCGACAUUCCUCGAGAAUCUCCAACGAAACCCCCGUCUACAGCCCUACGAGUUCUGGCCCCUUGUCGCCGAUAUCAGCGUUGUCUUGCAACAAGUCUGCUCUGUUACAAUCUUUGUUGUUUGUUUCGUGGGUAUCUUCCAAGAGCUUGUCUCGCCUGUCUCUAUCGUUGGUUGGGGAAGCUUCGCGACAUUCGUGGGAUGGCUCAUCUGGGACAAUUGGGUCGGUUUAGAAGAUGAAGAUGAGGUGUUGCAGAGGCGUCGCAGUAAUCGCAAUCGCGCUGCAAGGGAACAGCCGAGUCGUCGUGAUCGCCCCCAAUCUUCCCUCGCCGGUCUCUCCUCAUCUGCUACCGGGUCCAUGACCAAUUUAGCAGCCGCCGAGCGUGCGUAUCCUCCGACAACCAUUUACCAGUCACAUUCUACCUCUGCUCUUUCCCUUCAGUCUAGUAUAUCACAGGCGAGCAAUAUGGCUAGGUCCCCUAAUGACUUGUCAGACGAUAUCAAGCACCGGCCACUAUCUCCUCCCCCAUGCAACCGUACAACUCUGCGGUUGGGCACUAUUAAGUCGGCUAUUCUCAUCUACUCUACUCUCCUAGGGCUGUCGCCUAUUCUCAAAUCCCUCACGCGAUCUACCUCAUCUGAUAGUAUUUGGGCCAUGUCUUUCUGGCUACUUGCCAUAAACAUAUUCUUCUAUGACUACUCUGGAGGAGUUGGCGUCAAGUUCCCCGCCUCGCUCUCCACAAACGCUGCCCUUAUGGCGUCGACCGUAUUAGCUUCACGACUUCCUUCCACCGGACAAGUGUUCAGUCUCACCCUAUUUAGCAUCGAAGUUUUCGGGCUUUUCCCCGUUUUCAGACGGUAUGCCAGACAUCAGAGCUGGAGAUACCACGUCGCUCUAUCCAUCAUGCUCGUAAUAGGAGCCGGCGCUGGGGUUGGCAUGAUACUAGGUGCUGAGAAAGACGCCUUCUCACCGUGGAAGAGCGGCCUUUUGGGUGUGCUCGUCGCCACUCUCAUUACUAUAGUCGCUAUAGGCGGCUGUAGCUGGUGGCUGAUUUCACUGCAGAAGUAUAAAAACGCCAUCAAUGGGCCCUGGGACCAAGCACGGCCUAUCAUCAUCAGCCGCAGGCAGCUGUGGGAUGACGAUUAAUGAAAAUAAUGAUAAGAUCCAUCGCACUCGCUUCUUGAGUCCUGUCCACUGCUAUCUGUUCGACCCAUGUCUCUUGCAGCUUCGGUACGAUCUUUGAGUGUCAUCUACUUAUGCUACCGAUGCUCUAUGUGUUUCUCAUGAGUAGGUCUAGGACUCUGUGUGUGAAGCAACAUAGUAUCCGAGUAUUAGACGUAGGCAUAUUCAUCAUCUACCAACGUGCUGUGUAGCCUCGUCAUUAGGCCACGGGGUUCCGAUAUCGCGUAAUAAAAGCCGAGAUGUGAGGUCGUGUUGUAACAUUGCGUUUGUGGUAGGAGAAGAGGCUUCAUUGUCAAACUUCGAUCACUUGUAUCGUGUGUAAUCACAAUGAAUUAGGAUGGCGAUACGGUCGCUCCUCACACCUUGUCAGGGAAAUAGAGUACACAUGACAGUAAGGUUCUCUCGUACGCUUCUCAACUCCUCGGCACCGGCAGCGACUGAUUUCAUCUUGCCAGCGGUUGAUGGUAUAGGAAAUGGAGGUGAGUGCGAAGACGCCUGCAGGUUCUGCUGGAGAAGUUUAAACUCUAUUCUCACUCAGAUAUUAUUUGACAGCUGGCUGUGAUUUUGAGAAUCGUGUAUGCAAUAUAAGG